CAGGGAGUGAAGCAGAGAGGGAGAGAGAGAGAGAGAGAGAGAGAGAGAGAGCAAGAGAAAGGGAGAGCGAGAGAAAGAGAGAGAGAGAGAGAGUGAGAGAGAGCGAGGCGGAGCUGUGUGUAGAUUUUCCUCCAGUGGAUCACUAACUCAGUCCUGUGUAAACUUACAUCUCCAUGAGCUUUUUCUUCUUCUUCACGCGCGCUUGCUGCUCCGAUGGCAAUGUGAUCUUUCUGUAAUAUUCUUUAGUAGCAUAUUUUGAUAAUUUUGGAGGUUGCGCAUGGAGGGAAGCCCAGAGCUGCUGGAACACACACACUUCACCUCGGUAACGUGUUAAAGUGGAAGCUGCGUGUGGAGUCACAGGAAGAAUGAGAGUCCGGAGAGACGAGCUUCAAUGAAAUAAUGGUUUCCUACAUUAGUGGACGAUGGUGGAGAUGGAAGUUCUGGAACAUUCUCCAAGUCGCAGUGUUUCUGACCUGCAUUGCGAGAACAGAAGUGCUGAGCUGCCAGGGCGAGUGCGAUGAAAUGCUCACGGCAUCCAGUGGAAUCUUUACGUCGCCGUGCUACCCAAACGACUACCCUUCUAGACAGGCAUGUACAUGGACACUGCAGGCUCCUGCCGGCUUUGUCCUGCAACUCACCUUCCUUGACUUCGAGCUCGAGGAGGCACAAGGCUGCAUCUAUGACAGCGUCAUUGUCAACACUGGCACGAGCAGCGUUAAGUUUUGUGGCCUGACAGCCAAUGGACUCACACUCAACUCCAGCACCAAUGUCAUGGUGGUGUCCUUUCAUUCUGAUUUUAGUGUCCAGAAGAAAGGCUUCAAUAUCAGUUACAGGCAAGUUGCAGUAGCUCUGAGAAACCAGAAGGUCACAUUGCCUCAGAACCAGAAGGACGUGGUGCAGGUGUCCAGCUCAGUGUCCAUCCCGGCGCUGAGUCAGUUCACAGCAUGCUUUGAGAUCGCCGGUCAGUCGUCGACAGGAUCAGGGAUCAUCUUCUCUUACACAGGAAAAGACCCCUACUUGACCUUCGGCCACAACGGCAACAGCGUGGACCUGAUCAUCGGCAAUGUCACGUGUCCAGUCAGCGAUUUGGUGACAUUAGCUGACAUUACGUCCAUCAUGCAGCUGUUCUGCAUCACGUGGUCCAACACGAAAGGUGUCAUAGCUGUGUACUUCAAAGGCAACUACCAAUUUAAAACCUGCUCUAACUCCAUUGGCAUGAGAACGGAAAUCGGAGGCUCCUUUGAACUAGGCAGGGGAAAAAAGCAGGGCCAAAACUUCAAUGGCCUCAUCUACAACUUCCGUCUGUGGAGUUCAGCCAUGACCUUCUCUGAGCUUUCUUCCCUGACCUGCGAUGCUGUGGGAAACGUGGUGGACUGGGACAACAGCUUCUGGGACAUCCCGGCCUCGUACGCUCAAACGGAUUCCAGUCUCAGCUGCAUUUGUUACCCACAGUGUGUACAUUUAACAACAACACUUUCAUCCAUUGGUACCGCCGUGCCAGCUACCACUUCCCAAACCACCAGCUGUGUGUCCUCGGGAGUGGGCUGCCCAGCAUCUCUAACUACUACCACCUCAUCCAUUGUCAACACUAACACGAUUCCUACUAAUGCAAGAACCAACGAGUUUACCUACUACAGGAUAUCUUUAUUAGUAUCAGAUGACCUACCCAUCACAGAUGACUUCAUAACACAAUGGUUGAACCAAACAUUCCAGGACUGGAACCACACUAUUUAUGUAUCUAAUGUCAGCAUUCUACCUGGCACUGACUCCUCCAUUACUCCAAGCAGGAGAUACACUUAUAAGGCCCUGCUGGUGUACAAAAACACUACAGGCAAACUUCUAACAGAUGCUGACAUCAAGAACAGGCUGAAGGGUGUUUCUACAGCCAGCUUUACAUUAGAUAAUAUCGCCGUAAACGCAGUCGAAAACUGUCAGGCGGAGGAGACACCACUGCAUUAUAAAUGGCCAGAGAGCAGACCGUCAGUCACCCUUUUCAUCCCUUGCUUCCCUUACAAAGAACAGAAUGCAUCUAGAACAUGCAUGAUCAGCCCAGAAAAUUAUUCAUCAUUUUGGGACCAGCCAGACCUCAUGAACUGCAAAGACAUAGAAGACAUUGAAGUUUCACAAGAAAAUGCUGCAGAGGUAGCUGUUCAACUUGCCGACAUCACAAACAAUGAGCUUUCCACUGUGGAGCUGUCAAAGGUUGUUACCGUGGUGACGAAGCUGGUGAAUGUGGCCCGAAUUAAUGUCAGUUUGGCUUCCACUGUGGUCACCAUCAUUUCCAAUGUGAUGAUCAGCUCCGAGUCCGUACAGCUGGCUGCCUCAGAAAUGGCACUGAAAACCAUGGAUAUGCUUGUGCAGAAGAUUGAGUUUGAUGGUCCUUCCCUGACCAUCACAUCCAAGAACCUGGCAGUGGGAAUCUCAGCUAUCAACAGCAGCAGUUUUAGCGGAGCCAAUUUCAGUGCCUCUAUGGCUCAAAAUUCCUCGGACCCUCAGAUUGAUUUUGAGUCAGAGGUCCAUAACUCCUUAGCUAGUGUCUCACUACCGGCCACUUUGCUUCAUAACCUGAGUGAGGCUGAUGUUGAGAUCAUCUCCAGAAUUCACUUCAUGUUCUUCAGCAAAACAGGGCUUUUCCAGGACCAGCAGAACAACGGCCUGGCCUUGAACAGUUAUGUGGUGGCCAGCAGUGUGGGAAACAUUUCCAUCAGUAAUCUUAAAGACCCGGUGCAAAUAGAGAUUGCUCAUCUGCAGCAUCAGUGGAAUCCAAAUCGAUUGUGUGUGUUUUGGGAUUUCAGCAUCGACAAUGACAGUGGAGGAUGGAACAGUGAGGGAUGUCAGGUCAGCCCAGAAUCCAACAGCAACAAAACAGUCUGCCUGUGUAAUCACUUAACACAUUUUGGCGUUCUGAUGGACCUGAGUGGAGCUGCAGCACAUAUCGAUGCGAGGAACACCAAGAUUCUCACGUUUAUCACCUACAUUGGUUGUGGCAUUUCAGCGAUCUUUUCAGCUGUAACAAUCCUAACUUAUGUCGCGUUUGAGAAAUUGCGGCGAGAUUACCCGUCCAAGAUCCUGAUGAACCUGAGUACCUCGUUACUUUUCCUCAACAUGACGUUCCUCCUGGACAGCUGGUUGGCUUCCUAUGAUAUGCAGGGUCUGUGUAUGGCUGUGGCUGCCUUCCUGCACUUUUUUCUGCUUACCUCAUUCACCUGGAUGGGCCUUGAGUCCAUUCACAUGUAUAUUGCCCUAGUCAAGGUCUUCAACACCUACAUCCGGAGGUAUAUCCUCAAGUUCUGCAUUGUCGGAUGGGGGCUUCCAGCUGUAAUUGUAGCCCUUGUGGUGGCUGUUGAUAAAAAUUCCUAUGGAAAGGAGUUUUAUGGACAAGGAGAAAAUGGCGAAGGAUUCUGCUGGAUUCAGAGCAAGGUUGUGUUCUACGUGACAUGCGUGGCCUACUUUUGCAUCAUCUUCGUAUUGAACGUGGCCAUGUUUAUUGUGGUGAUGAUGCAGAUCUGUGGCAGGAAUGGAAAGCGCAACAACCGCACGCUUCAGGAGGAGGUGCUGCGUAACCUGCGCAGUGUCAUCAGUCUCACCUUCCUGCUCGGCAUGACCUGGGGCUUUGCCUUCUUUGCGUGGGGCCCGGUCAAUGUGGCCUUCAUGUACCUCUUCUCCAUUUUCAACUCCCUGCAAGGGUUAUUCAUCUUUAUAUUCCAUUGUGCUCUGAAAGAAAAUGUGCAGAAGCAAUGGAGAAGAUAUUUAUGCUGUGGAAAGUUACGCUUGGCAGACAAUUCAGACUGGAGCAAGACUGCCACAAACAACACCAAGAAGGUGAGCUCCGAUAAUAUAGGGAAGUCACUGUCCUCCAGCUCAUUCGGGUCCACCACAGUCAACUGGACAUCCAAGGCUAGGGUCACAUUGAACCCUUUUGCAAAGCGACACAGCAGUUCAGGUAAACCGUAUUCAAACCAGGCCAACCAGAAGUGCAGCACUUCUGAUUCAGAUGCCUCCACCUCCUCCAUUCUGCCUGUUCACCAAGUUCUGGACAAGGUGAAAGGCUACUGUUCUGUGCGCUCUGACAACUUCUACAAAAACAUCAUCUUGUCCGACAGCUUUAGCCACAGCACUAAAUUUUAGAUGGAGAGAGAAAGGACACUGGGCAAUGACUUAUGUCAGAUCAGCAGAAUGCUAGGCACGUCUGUAUACUGUAUCAUAUUGCGCUAACCAACCAGAAAUGGCGUAGAGAAAUCCUUUAAAAAGGUUAAGGAGUGUGUUUUAUAUACUGUGAUGUUCAAACUGACUUUUUUGUGUUUUGUAAAUAUCCAUGGUAUAUUUAACUGUGUUUUUUUUUUUCUUUGAACAUUGAUUUUAAUAUUGUGUUCGAGUCCGCUUUUUGUACAUACAUAGCAAUGUUCAUUUAUUUAUACUUCUGCUUCAUUGGAAAUAAAAAUGUGUGACUAUU